UCAGACAUUUGAUUCUUGAGUUUCAAGGCUCCAAAGUAGUGAACAUGGCAUUCAAAAGAGCUGAGUUGGGUCUGGCCCUGGUCCUAGUGACCAUGCUACUGGGUCGAGCCACAGCUCAGUCAAGUUGCACUAGUACACUCAUGAGCCUGGCUCCAUGCCUCAAGUACGUCACAGGAAACUCAUCAACGCCAUCGUCUUCUUGCUGCUCACAGCUCUCAACCGUUGUUCAGUCAUCGCCGCAGUGCCUUUGCUCAUUGCUCAAUGGCGGAGGUUCCACAUUGGGGAUCACCAUAAACCAAACACUUGCUCUAUCUCUUCCUGGUGCUUGCAAUGUGAAAACUCCACCCAUUAGCCGGUGUCAAUCCGCCGGUGGACCUACAACUUCUCCAGCAAGUUCCCCAGCAGAUUCCAACAAUCAAACACCUGCUGAUGCAAAUACACCUGAAGCUGCAAUUACACCUUCAGCCUCAGACGUUCCAGCAGGGGGGUCUAAAACAGUUCCAUUAACGGACGGCAACACAUCGGACGGAAGGAGUGGCAUCAAAGCUCCCCUUCACUUUGUGCUCUUCCUCAUUUUCGUUGCAUCCUGUGCUUCAAGUGUCACCAAGUUUUGA